UUAAUUCCACGUAUUCCGAAAGAUUUGGCGGUUUUAAUUCAUCAGGUUUUAAAUUAUUUUUUUCACAUGAUUCAAAAUAAAACCGAUUCAAAUCAGAAUAUGAAUUGUUCUCCGAAUCUUAACAAAAUAAAAGAAGAAGAAACAAGCUUACAGAGUAUACCUGAUUCGGUUCCACUGGCAACAUCUUCAACAACUGAUUUAAGAUUUGGAUACAAUGACGCCGUUAAUCCAAAAAUAUGCCCGAAUCAACCCCUUUCACCUGCUAGCAGGUACCGUUCAUUGGACACCCUCACUUCAAAUAACGCACCACAGUCAGAAUUACCAGAACCUGGAGCGUUAUCGAAAAUUACAACCCCUCAUAGAAAAGUUCGUGAUUCAAUUACGCAAUCAAGUCCAAACAUAAAGUUAGCUGUGGAUUUAAGGGAUGAUCCCGUGCAGAAAAAUUCGUCAGAAAGUAAAGAUUAUGAAGUAGUUAAAAAAUUAUUGAGAGAUUCAACGGAAUUAAUUAAUAAAGCGUUGGACAUAAUAGAACAAAAAGAUAAACUUCCUGUAUCACCAGGAGGUAAAAUUAAGAAACCGCCAUCUAGAGAAAGAAAUGUUACAAUUAAGAAAUUCUUUGAAACUACUUUGCAUCGUCCAUCGUCGGUGCUUCCAAAAGUGAAACAAAGUUACGGAUCGAGCCCAGUAUUAGCAAAAAAACAAAACAGAAACGACCAAACACCAUCUCAUGCAUCAUUGACCGACAUUUCGUCAAAUAAAGUGAGACUGCCAUCCACAAGUUCAAUACCUUCUCCUCGUUCACCGUCAAAGAAAACAAAUAGCGCUAGCGCUUCAAAAAUCCCCGGAUCAGCAUCAGGAAACAGACCGGUUAGAAAAUUCAAUUCCUUAUAUGGCCACGUUAAAUCCACAAUUCCUAAGCCGAGUUCCAUCAAAAAAGAUGUUAAUAAUAAAUAAAUAUACAAUGGUGUGUACAUUUUUUAGCAUGCGUUUCUUUUAUUAUACUCAUACUCUGUGCAGUGUACUUUUUAAAAUUUUGUAUUUUACUAUUAAUUGAUGUGAUAUGUAUGUAGGCAUUAAGUAAUUGUGUUUUUUAUUAAUCUAAUGAUUUUAUUAUGUUAAUUAAUGUUAAA